UGAGGUGAAACGAAAAUAUGGCAACUACCGUUGGCUCGCGACGCCUCGCGUUAAUUGAAUUUCGCUUGGAGUUCUUACCGUGUUCGCGCGAAUUGGUUUCGUGUUUCGUAAAUAAAUAUUAAAUUAAAAAAUGUUAACGAGAGGAAUAUUCGUUACAUGUUGCUUGUGUCAAACGUGAAAUAGAUGUCGAUGGAGGAAGUUUAACCUGGGCUGGGAUGGAUGCAGAGAGAAAGUUCGACAAGAGACGCGGACAUGCAGGGCUCUGUGACGGAUUGUAAUCGCGAGUAAAAUCGAGUGACAUUCUGAAAAUUCGCCGACAGUUAGGAAAAUGUGAACUCUACGCGGAGGAAAGUAACUCAUACCAAUCAGUGUACAGCGGCGGAAGCUCCGAAGUGAAAAGUUCCGACGACGACGGCCAAAAGAGCAGUCGCUCCCCUCGCAUCCGGUCUCACGGCAGUCGGAAAAAUUAUUUUUGCUUCAAUCGCGGGUGCUUCGUCGCGCAGUUGUCGCGUGCUUCUUGAAACUCGGCAUUGUAAGCUUCUUGAAGAUUGCGUUUUAUCUUCCUUUCGCCUGACCUUUUUCUAAUAUUACGAAGAUCCCGGAACGUCAAGUGAUGUCUCCCUCAUGAAACGGCUGGUCCAGAUCUUUUAAGAACCAUAGUCAUUCCCGUGAAGACUCGGAGAACAAUCAGUUUUUGUUGGCGGUUGAUUAAAUUAUCACAAAGUGAAAUUUUAGAUGUAAUUAAAGUUGGCUCCAAGUGUCAAUAAACUCGGGACCAGGUUUGGAAGCGUUGAGUUAGAGUCGAUAUUGCGAAGUCAACAAACGCGAGAACGAAUGUCCAGAAUGUUGCGCCUGGAGCUGGUGGGUCUUCUGCUGUUGACCUGCACGCAGAUCCUCACGGAGCACCGCGACUUCCACGAGCCGCGGAAUCAGUACGGUUAUCACCGAUUUCCCGACUUUCAGGAGAGGAUGACGAGGGAAGUCCGCGUCAAAGAGGGGCGAUUACGCGGCAUGGUGAUCCAACCGAUGACCAAUUAUAACUUGCAGCUUGUUGACGUUUUCCUUGGGAUUCCUUACGCGGAACCUCCCGUGGGAUCCUUCAGGUUUUCACCGCCUCGCUCACCGCAGCCCUGGAGGGGGGUACGGCAGUCGCAGGAAUUUGCCCCAGUUUGCCCGCAAGUUUUGCCGAAUCUUCAGGACGAGGUGAAGCCAGGCAGGUACGAGUACUUGGAGAGACAUCUGCCGUACCUGAGGAACCAGAGCGAGGACUGUCUGUACCUUAACAUCUACGCUCCUCAUCAGGCCGAAGGUGAGUGCGAACGAUCAUGUCGCUCAUGA